AUGGCACCUAUCCUCACGUCCAACCCGACCGUGACCGUCACCCCGGAGCCUCUUACUCGAGUCAGCUUCGCGCCAUUCGGAACCGCCAUCACCUCGCCUCUACCUCGAGAGAUCCACAUUCCCCCUCAAGCAUCCUCUCUCCCACCUCAUAUCCCAGCUCCCGUAUUAGCAAACCAGAACUCCGCCCUCAAAUAUAGCCCCAUCUCCCCCCUCACCGAUGACUAUGCCAAAUCCUGUCCCAGCGGGAAAGCAGCCUCCGCGCGAAUGACCAUGUUCUGCUGCUUCCCUCGCAAACUGCGCACCAUCGAAGCCAGCCAACAUGGACAACAACAAAAGUCAGCCAGCGAGGUCUUUGAUGUGCGUAUCCUGGAGCGCCACCCUUUCACAAAUCAGACCUUUAUCCCGACCGACCUGUCGAGUCACUCCAAGGUUGGAGAGGGGGAGGAAGAGCCCAUCUUCCUGGUCGUCGUUGCGCCGACGUUAAAGGGCGAAGUUGCUACUGCGAAGAAUGCAAAGGGCGAGACGGUUACUAUCCGUGAUCCGCCGGAUUUGAAGAACCUGAGGGCUUUCAUUGCGCGUGGAGGCCAGGCGGUUACUUAUGGGGUUGGGACAUGGCAUGCGCCCAUGGUGGUGUUGGGCCCGAGACGAGUGGACUUUGUGGUGGUGCAACAUGUAAAUGGGGUGGAUGAGGAAGACUGUCAAGAGGCCGCCUUUGGGGAAGGAAUUGUGGUCAACUUGGGCGCCAGAGGGCAGUAUGGCCGACCUGAGAAGUCUCCUGCCCGGCUUUGGGCCAAGUUGUAA